CCCCUUAUUCACCGCGCCUCCAUCUUGAAAACCAAAACGAGGCUAGGGGGUACACUCUAAACCGGAAGUUCAGUGAGAGAGCGCAGCGGGCGUCUGUCUUCAUCAGGUCGUCAUGGCGGUACCUGUGUGGACUACAAACCUUUCAUCUCUUCCGGAAUUAAAAGUGGACUAUGUUGAAAAAUGGGCAAAUAACGACUGCAAGAUUCCGCGGGCUGUUUUGCUGAAAGGUUACAGCAACUGGAUUGAGGGAUAUGUGCACGACGUGGAAGGUGGAGCUGUCCUUCGAGGAGCCAUUCAUUGGCAAGACCACCUGCAACUGUAAAGCUGGCUUGGGACAGUGCAAUCACCUAAUAGGACUGCUCUACACGCUGGCCCACUAUAUAAAAAUGGGGUAUGCAUCUGUCCCCCCAACUGCAAGCAAAACAUCUCUACCUCAAGCCUGGCAUGUUCCAUCAAGGACAUUAGGUCUCACCCCAAGAGCAGUUAGCACUGUGACAGUAUCCAAAGUUAAACCACCAUUGGCUAAUGCACCACCAAAGAAAAAGCAGCACUCUACUAAGGGGAUUGUAUCUAAUUUGUAUUGUCCUGUGCCACUUCCAUUACCAAGUGCUGAAUUUGCAGAGACUCUUCGUAGCAACCUGGCUAAAAUCGGCAGUAAGAGCCAGAUGUUAAAGUUACUGGAAGCAAACUGUAAGCAGCCUGCUGAUCUGGUCUCCACAGAAUUUGGGGACCUUCCCCGGGGUUCUGUAUUAACUUACCAGACUCAACGUCCACUGUCCAUUUUCAGUGAAAAUGACCCUGAACUUCCUCUACCUCCACAGCCAUGCUCAUUUAGCACUGCUCUAGAUGAUACUGAAACAUUCUUCUAUGGUGGCCUGGCUGUCACACUGUCUGAUGCAAAGCAUCUAGAGAUGGAAACCAGAGGACAAAGCAGUAGCAAGACCUGGCAUCAAGUACGAGCCAAACGCCUGACAUCAUCAUCAUUCAAAAGAAUCUGCUCCAGGGUGAGAGAUUUUGACAGUUUGGCAGCCAACAUGAAGGAGAAACAGUUGACACAAACUAAAACAAUGAAGAGAGGCCUUGAAAUGGAGCCAGUUGCUGCUGCUGAAUACAAGGAAAUCACUGGCAAUGAAAUCUACACCUGCGGGUUUGUAAUUAACCCCCAUGCCCCACAUCUGGGGACCUCACCUGAUAGGAAAGUGCGUGACAUUAGUGCAGAACCAACCUACGGACUUCUGGAAAUCAAGUGUCCAGACAAGGACAGUUUUAAAGACUGUGCAUACUUGUACUGCAAGCCCGAUGGAACCUAUGCUCUGAAGACAGUCCAUGAGUAUUACUACCAGAUGGUGGGACAGAUGGGUAUCACCGGUAUGACAUGGUGCGAUUUCUUUGUCCAGUGCAAACAGGACCAUCACCUGGAGCGGGUCCACUUCAACCCUGAAGAAUGGGAAAACAUGAAAUCCAAACUUGACAGUUUCUUUUUUACAUACUUCCUGCCUGCCUUGUGCAACAAAGGUACAUAAAAAGAGCAUCAAUGAAAUGAAACACAGGAGCCCAUGUUUAAAGGUAGUGUUUUAUUUUUCAGAG